AUGGAUCUCUUUGACUCGCCGAUGGUGGUUUACAGGGACAGUCCCAACGAGGACAAUGGACUCCCCCGUGAUGCUGGCUCUGGAACGAGCGAUUACGACGAGCUCAUCCUCGUACCGCAACCGCAACCCCAACCACGACCGAGCGCCAGCACGGAUUCCAGGACCUCGCAAUCUUGGAGAUUGGUUGGACCAACGCCUCAACAAUGGACCGAGAUCAAAGACGUCUUCAGCCAGCUGUAUCUUGUGGAGAACCGCAAGCUCCGGGAUGUGAGGGAGAUCCUAUCCAAGAAGCACGGAUUCCACGCCAGUGAGAAAAUGUACAAGCGGCGGAUUGCCGAAUGGAAGAUCCGAAAGAACUACAAGGCCAAGGAGAAGGAGAUUCUGGCCACCAGAGUCAAGGCUUGUGUGGAUGCAGGGCGUGAUGUUCAGUCAAUCUCAUAUCGCGGCCGGCCCUUGAAGCUGGACCGAGUCAAGCGUCACUGUCGGACGGACAAGAGAUUCGCCCAGCUCUGGGAACACAUGUCGCAGAGCCCAGAUGCCAUGUCCGUGGGCGAGAUUGCUGUGCCCGAGGAAUCCCCAGCCACGACCUCGACACUGGCAUCUUCCCACCAUUCCAGCACGGUCCUGGAUCAACUGGACGUGCAAAGCAAGCACCAGCAUCCGAUGCCCUCCAGCCUGGCGCCGUCGCUGACGGUCGACAUCAGCCUGCCGACGGACCUCCACAACAUCCAGUACGGGCUGUUCCAUGCUCGAGAGGCGGUCGACUGGCAGUUCACGGCAUUCAAGCCUCUGAGAUCGAGGGAGUUGCAGUCUCGCUUCCCCGAAUCCAUCCCGGACGGAGUGAGAGCAGGCCAAACCGAUCAGGCGUCGGCAUUCUGGCUCGCGCUCUACCAUGGCCGCGACCACCUGGAGCAAGGAAGACCGGGAGAGGCCUGGACGACGCUGGACGACUGUUGUCGAAUGGUGCAGCCGUUGAUUCUAUCGGUGCCGCUUCACCUGCUGUCCUGCCUGCUCCUGCACUUUGCCACCCCCUGGCGCGGCAUGACCGAGUUGGAAACCCAGUUGCUUGGGUUCGUCGCAUCAAUGACGGGCCAGGUGCUCGGACCGGCUCAUCCUCUGGCGAAAGCAAUGGCUAUGCUGACCGUUGCAGAGACCCGCCAUCAGGUCGUCGAGUCGAUGAUGGACCUGGUGAUUGAAGGGUACCGGUCUCGCCGCAAGGCCGACAGUUCGUCGCUGUUUGCGCUGCGGGUGGACCAGAUCGACAUGCUGCGGAAACGCAAGCAGUACCAACAAGCACACCAGCUGUGUGACCAGUUGAUCCAGGACAGUCGGGCAAUGCGUCGCAAACGCCACCGCACCGCUUUGGCCGCGUUAGGCAGAAUCUAUGCCGACCAGAAGGAGGAAUUCGCCGUCGAGGGGGUGGCCCACCGCAUCCUGGACCACGAAGCGUCCGACCCGCCGAGCAGCAACAGCAACAGUAACAGUGCAACCACCGUGUGGGCCUGUGAUCAGCUCGCGACCCUGUGUGUGCGUCGUCAGGAGUACGCGCUUGCCGAGUCGUAUCUGCGCCGGGCGACGUGGGUGUCGUACCAGGGACGAUAUACACAUCGUGGACCGUCUACCCGGUCGUUUUUGAACAGGCUGCACUCUUGCGUCCGUCACCAAGGUAGGGAGGUCGACAUUGACGCCUUAUGCGAAGACAUGGGGGUUCAGAUGGCUCUCGUCGGCGGCUAA